CUUCCGUUACUUAUCUUUCAAUAACCCGCGCGCAGGAAAUUUCCGGGAUCCACCCUGGGGCGGAGAGCGGUGGCGGCGGAGCUGAAUACGAAGAUCAUAUAUUCGUCAUUGAUGGACCUGAGGGACGAACAGCGCUGAAGCGGGCGCCCCGCCGCCGUUCGAAGCUCCCCGCAGAAGUUUGCGGCAGCCCAAGAUGCAAGAGGGCUGGCUCUGGGAGCGGCGCCCGGGACGGCUCUACGGCAGCACUUGGAAAAGGCGCUGGUGCGAGGUGAAUGGAGGGCGGCUUCGCGUCUACGACGCGAACAAGGCCAGGGAAGUGGCGACGAUUCACAUCCGCGCCGAAACGACGCUGUGCGAUCGACUGACCGAAGACGAAGUGCGGCGUGUGGGACGAGCGCCGCAGGCCGGCGCCGCCGCGGUCUACUUCCGCCUCGUGGACCGCGUGGGGGGGCGCAGUCUGGACUUCGCGGCCGAGUCCGAGGCGGACGCGGCGCGCUGGAUCGCGGCGAUCACGCCGACGCCCGUUGGGGACCUCCUAAGCUUCGACGUGCCGGGUCCGGUGCAGCCUCCGCCUCCGCUGCGGCCGUCGCUCUCGCAGCCACCGCCGCCGCAGCCGCCGCAACCGGCGCGCCAACCCUCCGAGCCCGUGCUCGCGACGGGCCGGGUCCUCGCGACGGUCGCCCACGCCUGGAAGGCGAACGAGCCGUGGCAGAUCGAUGCCGACGCCGAGGAGGUGGUCGAGGUCCUCGGCGGGCCGGACCAGGACGGCUGGGUCGAGGUCCGCAGCCCGCGUCGCGGCGGCAGCGGGGCGAUCCCGGCGAGCUACCUGGCGUCGACGGCGCCCGACGCGCCGGGUGCGGCGGCCGAGGCUUGGGAACGGGCGACGGAGACCGCGGCGCGGCCGCCGCGGCCGGAGGCCGCCGAGUCCGACCAGCAUGAGCGUGUGGCUCAAGAAUAUAUAGACGCUCGGCAGCGUUGGGGCGAUCCCCAAGCUCACAUACCUGAAGGCGAGCGCGUGCAGCUUAGUGAUCGGAGCAGCGAGGCGUCCUCGUCCCGGGACCGGCCGCUGCGCGUGCUGGCCGUGACCCUCAACUGCGGCGACGCGCCGCUCAAGGCCGUGGAGCUGCGCGCGUUCCUGCGGCACGGCCGCGUCGCGCGGCGAGGAGGCACGCGGGACGUGCUGGCGGACGUCGUCGCCGUGACGCUCCAGGAAGUGAAGAUCAGCAGUUUAUUCGCAAGAGUCGACCGACUGAUCGAGGCGCACCUCAGCCAGCACGAGCGCGUCCCGAACGCCUGCAUCGCGCACCUCCAGGCCCGCAUGUUCUUGCUCGUGUUCCGGAGGAGAGACGUCGCGGUUUCCGACGCGACGCACGGCCGCGUCAUCACCGGAGGCCUCGUCAAAGGCGCCUGCUGCGCGGCGCUGACGUGCGCGAUCGCGGACAGGAGCUACCGCCUCGCGUUCAUCGGCUGCCAUCUUGUGACGGUGAUGCUCGAGAGGCUGAACGAUGCCUUGAGAAAGAUCCUGGACGCGUUCCAAUCAUUAUUAUCAAGCGAGGCGGUCGUCUUCACGUUCGGCGAUCUGGACUACCGCAUCCACACGACCUACGACGACGCCCUGAAAGACGCGGACGCGUGGGCCACCGUCGUGCGCUUGACGACCGAACGGAGCGUCCCGCGGCUCGCGGCGCUCGACGAGCUCACGCGGCAACCGCAAGUGAACAUCGACGCGUGCGGUUUAGCCGCCUUCUGGACGCCGGAGCUUAAUUUCCUUCCGACGUUCAAAUGCAUCAAAGGCGUCGCCGGUCUCCGAUAUGAUCGAGGGCGCGUGCCGAGUUAUACCGAUCGGGUCCUCUUCCGGCCCGGCUCGAAUACAGAUGUGACUUGCGUGGCGCACGAGAACGCGCCGGCGGUGACCUCCUCGGACCACAAGCCCGUGUUGGCCGCCUUUGAAAUUUCAGCGGGCUUCGGGAACGUUCACGGUGAUAUUGUAGAUCUGGCGACGAGCGGCAGCGACGAGCCGCCUCCCGCGGCGCCGGCUCGACCGGAGGCCGCCGGCCCCAACCAGCAUGCGCGUAUAGCUCAAGAGAUAGACGCUCGGCAGCGUUGGGGCGAUCCCCAAGCUCACAUACCUGAAGGCGAGCGCGUGCAGCUUAGUGAUCGGAGCAGCGAGGCGUCCUCGUCCAGGGACCGGCCGCUGCGCGUGCUGGCCGUGACCCUCAACUGCAGCGACGCGCUCCCCAGGACGGUGGAGCUGCGCGCGUUCCUGCGGCACGGCCGCGUCGCGCGGCGAGGCACGCGGGACGUGCUGGCGGACGUCGUCGCAGUGACGCUGCAAGAUGUGGGGCGCUGCGCUCCAAUACUCGUCGCAAUGAUCGAGGCGCACCUGAGCCAGCACGAGCGCGUCCCGAACGCCUGCAUCAAGUACCUGGGCGGGGGCAUGAGAAGUCCGGAAAGCAUGUUUUUGCUUGUGUUCCGAAGGAGAGACGUCGAGGUUUCUGAUGCGACGCACGGCCCCGUCAUCGACGAAGGGCUCAUCAAAGGCGCCUGCUGCGCGGCGUUGACCUGCGCGGUCGCGGACAAGAGCUACCGCCUCGCGUUCAUCGGCUGCCAUCUUGUGACGGGGAUGCUCGAGAGGCUGAACGAUGCCUUGAGAAAGAUCCUGGACGCGUUCCAAUCAUUUUUAUCCGGCGAUUCGGUCGUCUUCAUGUUCGGCGACCUGAACUACCGCAUCAACAGGACCUACGACGACGCCCUGAAAGACGCGGACGCAUGGGCCACCGUCGUGCGCUUGGCGAACGAACGGAGCAUCCCGCGGCUCGCGGCGCUCGACGGGCUCACGCGGCAACCGCAAGUGAACAUCGACGCGUGCGGUUUAGCCGCCUUCUGGACGCCGGCGCUGAAUUUUCUUCCGACGUCACCAGUCCGAUAUAUUGAACAAGUUAAGUUACACCGUUUUGGGCCAACUCUAUUUAAAAAGAUUGAGUACAAGAUACCAGUGCUGGGUUAUACCGAUCGGGUCCUCUUCCGGCCCGGCUCGAAUACAGAUGUGACUUGUGUGGCGCACGAGAGCGUGCCGGCGGUGACCUCCUCGGACCACAAGCCCGUGUCGGCCGCCUUUGAGAUUUCAGUGGGCUUCGGGAACGUUCACGGUGAUAUUGUAGAUCUGGCGACGAGCGGCAGCGACGAGCCGCCUCCCGCGGCGCCGGCUCGACCGGGGGCCGCCGGCCCCAUCCAGCAUGCGCAUAUAGCUCAAGAGAUAGACGCUCGGCAGCGUUGGGGUGAUCCCCAAGCUCACAUACCUGAAGGCGAGCGCGUUGAUCGGCUUAGUGAUGACAAUGUUCAUCGGAGGUCGACGUGGACGCGGUCGCGGCCGUCGGCUUCGGCGCCAGCGACGACGCCACCGCCACCGCCACCGCCGGCGCCCCAGUCGCAGAAGAACCAGGAGCACGCGGCACUCAUCGCCGACGUGCAGUGGACGAACGUCUACGCGGCGAAAGGUGUGGACGGAGUGACGCACAGCGACUUGCUCAUGACGCGCAGACACUACCGAGAGCUGGCGGAGGGCCACGAACGCGACCUCGUCCACGAGCUCCGCGAUUACGAGGCGAGCGGCGGCGAUCUCGACGCCAUCCGCCGGCACAUCGACGACGCGGCGAGUGCGCGCGUCUGGGACAUGUUCGUGACGAACUACAAGCGGUUUCUCCGGACCGGAGACGCGUCUUGA